AUGGUUUUAUCAGAAAGAGGUCGAGAGGUAAGCCUAGACAAUAUUGUAAAGGUCAAUUUUAUAUUUUUAGCGAUUUUAAUGUCAUUUUUGUUUUUUCUAGGUACCUAUGUGAGAUUUACGUCUAUCUUGAUUGAAAAAAAAACUUUUUUAGAAUUUCGAACUUUACGUUUAUCAACUGAAGGUAACGUUCUGGAUAACUUGCAGCGUUCAAUGCCUUUUGAUUUUGAUAUUGAUGGGCUUCUUAUGGAAGUUGUACAAACGAAUUGGGAAGUUGAACAAAGACGUUUCUGGCUUGUUGAAUCGUGAACAGUGAGCGAUUUUUACAAUUUUGUUAUCUAAAAUAAUAUUUUUCGAAAUUUUACUUUUAAUCUUGAAUAUUUUGCAUGUUUUUAGGUAUAAAGUUGAAACUUGAGGAUAACUUUAUAUAACUUUAAUCUAUGACGUUAAGUUUUAACAUUUUAGGUAUCAAUUUGAUGUUGUUGUGAACAAAGACAAACCUCAAACACCCAAGCCAUCUAAAAUGCCAAAUGGUGCAGUAGCUUGUCGAGUGAAUGAAAUUGAACAUAAUUGGGGACACAGAGUGAUCCGAGCAGCUUCUACCACAUCAAGUUUGGUGUUUCAUGAUGCUACUGAUGAGUUGAUAUUGGUUCCACAUGGUGACAAUCCGAGACCUUUGCCAAGGAAGAAAAGUGUUAUCAUUGCUGAGGUUCAUGAGGUCAGUUUGAAGCUGAAUUUCUAAAUUUUAAUGUUUUUUUUGAUAGUGAAGUUGAUUUAAUGGUUGAUAUUGAGUUUGAUUUACUGGGUGAUAUUAAUGUAGAUGAAGAAUUUUUUAAACAAAAUUUGAAAUAUGACAUUACUUUUAGACCCCAAUUCAGAGAAUUGACAAAAUGUUCGAAAACCAUGAGAAUCAGAAGAGCUACGACGAGUUGAAGGUGCUUCUCGAAUCAAAACCUGAUGAUGUUGAGUUACUAUGGCGCAUGGCCAGAGCUUGUCAUGCUUUAGGCUACAAAUAUGGCAAGAACAAGGAGUUGGUUCAAGAAGGGCAUGCAUAUGCCACGAAAGCCUAUACUUUGAGUGAUAAGACUGAUUUUGAGGUUAUUCAUUGGAUGGCAGCUCUUAGUGGAUCGAUGACAGAAUUUGUUGGAGCUAGGGAGAGGAUCAAGGAGGGGAACAACUUUAAGGUAAGAUUUGUUGGAAAAAGGAUUAUUAUGGGCUAAUAUUUGUCAUAUUGUAACCAAAACCUUCAUUUUAAUGACUCUUUAUACCUCUUAAUGUGAAUGUAAAAGCCAAAAAGAUAUUAAACUGCUUUUUGAAGCGUUAAGGGGCCGGUUUAAUAUCCAGAAUUAAGAAUUAUCAUUGCUAUUUGUAGAAAUACAUAGAAGAAGCCCUCGCGAUAAGACCUCAUGAUGCUAACGUACUGUACAUGCGAGCGCGACUCCGAUUCAACAUUGCCAACUUGACGUGGGUCGAGAGAAAGGCUGCGGCUGCACUCUCAUCAGAUCCACCUAAAGCAACUGUUGAGGAAGCCAUCGAAGACUUUCUGGCGGUAAGCAAUAGGAUUUUACAAGGUUUUACAGCUUUUCCUUUCAAAAUGUGACUGGGGUUCAAUAUUGAUAUUAGGUUGUUCAAAUAAUUCUGUGCUCUCUUUCAAAGCGACUUUUUGGGGUUAAGGGCAUUUGAACAACCUAAUAUAUUCAGUUUUGCCCGUACCGAUCCGCAUAAAUUUACUCGUCUACUCAAACAUGGCCUAGUACAAUAUAAUGCAGUAAAACUUCUGUAGAAGACAUAAAAAUUUGAAAAUUCAAUUUCAGGUUGACCAAUACCGUCCAAACUGGCCAGAAAACCUCUUCCAUCUUGCUGAAGCCUAUGUGUCCAAAGGCGACAAGUUGGCUGCCAAGAAUGUCUUGCUACGAAUGUCAGAGAUCACUCCAGCUGAUGAAGGAGAUCAAAGGUUCUUGGACGAAGCCAAAAAGUUGAGCAAAUCAGUGUAA